AUUUUAUACAAGUUCUUCUGGAUAGCGACGAACAAUGAAAAUUUCGACAAUUCAGAUUCGAAACUUCGUAGCAUAACAUUAAGGAACGUUACCACAGAUAUCGUAGCCUUCUCCGUCAUCUGUAUUAUCCUUUUUCUACUCGUAAUCCUCGCGUCGAAGUGUGAAAAGGACGAAGUGCGAAACGUUUUCGAAUCUGCGGGAAUAGAAACAAUCACGGUAGAACAUCCGGAAGACCAAUUCUGCGUUUCGAACGUAACUUCCAGUUCGACAAAUUGCGUUCACGCAUGCGGUGACUCGAUUUUCUCCCGUGGACGAAUACAAAACAGGAAUUACUCCGACGAAGAUAUAUCCAGAGUUCGUUCUUCCAGCAAGAAAAGGAGCACGAUCCCGAAGAAAUCGAUUUUCGGCUUGAACGUUGCCCAACCGCAGAAUUCUCAAAGCACCCAAACCACGGACAAAAUAUUCUACAAGAACAAUCAAAAAUGGCUGAUAAGACGAACCAGGAGCGGCCAUAUCUACGGGAAAUAUCCAAUAUAGCGGAAGCCACGUCCAUUCCUUUUGAUAUUUUUAUUUAUUCAUUCAAUCCAUUUUCCAGAAGGCGAAGAAAAGGAAAAAAGAAAAAUAGAAAAAAGAAGAUGAAUGAUAAAACAUUCCAAUGAAAAUUUUCAUCGAAAUGAAAACAGAACUAGUCAUAAAGAUAGGAUAAAGUGAUGUUAUUGUUACUGAUUCUCGGUUUAACAUUCCAGACAAUUAUCAAUAGUUUUAUAUUAUCAAAGGUAAUGAAUCGCAGAUGAUGAAUCAUUUCUUCAAGGAAGAAGGUUGUCAAGCAAUACGAUUAAACAAUCGUGGAUCUAAAGGCAUCUGAAUCGUCAUUUGGAAUUUGUUAUUUGUGCUAAUUUUUUUCUCUCUUUCUCCC